CUACUUCUUUACUUCAUCUAUCUUGGCAAGUACCUAGUGUUGUUUUCUUGGUGUUUGCUUUGUGUUUUGCGAUGUCUGGUCGUGGCAAACAAGGAGGUAAAGCUCGCGCCAAGGCGAAGUCUCGUUCUUCUCGCGCUGGUCUACAGUUCCCCGUAGGCCGAGUACAUCGCCUUCUCCGCAAAGGCAACUACGCCGAGCGGGUUGGGGCUGGCGCGCCGGUGUACCUGGCGGCGGUGCUGGAGUACCUGACGGCCGAGAUCCUGGAGCUGGCGGGCAACGCGGCCCGCGACAACAAGAAGACGCGCAUCAUCCCGCGCCACCUGCAGCUGGCUAUCCGCAACGAUGAGGAGCUCAAUAAGCUGCUGGGCCGCGUGACCAUCGCUCAGGGCGGCGUCCUGCCCAAUAUUCAGGCCGUGCUGCUGCCCAAGAAGACCGAGAGUCACCACAAGGCUAAGGGCAAGUGAAUUGACAGGCAUCUGAGUUUCCGGAAACGCUUUGAAACCCAAAGGCUCUUUUCAGAGCCCCCCACCAUUUCAAAGGAAGAGCUAAUAUCACUUUAGAUUAAAAGAAAUAUACAAAGGUAAGCUGUUUUUUUCCAAAUUAGAAUAAUAAAGCAACAGCCCUGCUUUGCAGUAUCGUCUUAGUGUCACCAAAAAUUGGCUUUUGCCUUUUUUUUUGGCAGAAAAAGCUAAAUCCACUAAUGGCAUAGGUUUAUGUGUACUCGGGUGUCCUCACGAAGUACACGUUUAAGACAGUCCAGUAACCCGGCUGUGAUCAGUCACAUCCGGCUACUGCGUAACUGCAGAGCUGUAUAUUGCUGUCUCUACACUUAAGAUUGCCUUGCAAAGUACUCCUUUGUUGAAGGCAAACUUCCCAAGCAGGAUAGUAACCUCCCUGUCUAUCCCCUGACCAGAGUAUUUUAGAACGCCUCGUUUUAGGCUGCAGGCGGCCCGCAUUUCCUAAAUCCUCUAAGAGAGUUAGACUCCCGCUCAGGUUUAUGUUCAAAGAACCUUUUGAAACUCACCAGGGCGUUGAUAGGGGCCUUGGAAAAAUUGAUUCCCCGGAGUUAUUUUAUAGGUGGUAGUUGAAAACACAGACUGAAUCUAAACUCAAAUUUUAGCUCCUACCCUGCUUACUAAUUAUGAGAUAGGGGCUAAUUUCUAACCUCUGGUACUCAAUUUUGUCAUCCGUAAGCUGAGGGUAGAUUGAUGGUGUCUUGAUCAGAUUUUUGUGCUAAUUAAUUACAUUGCUUUAUGCGCCUAACCUAGAUAGAUGGCUGAGAUGCAACGAACUGUGUUGUACUAUAUUUAUACUAAUAUUAAAUUCUGUAUCUUAAGAGGCUCUAACGCCUAAGUUCCCAACGCAGCCCUAAAAGAGAGAGAAUAGGGCGGCAGGCCUUCCCAAAACGAUUGCUGUCAGGGAUCUGGUAAUUUAGCUGCUCCAACUCCAAACAGUGGCGAUCUGGGACCUUGCAAAAAUCCCUAGAAUCCUCUUUUCCAGGAUUGAGUUUCACAAAGUCUUUCUUCGGGCUGACUCGGUUUGUGUUUUAUGGGGGAUUGGGUGGGUAAGGACGCUGAGAGGGCCAAGGCUUGCGCACGCUUUGGCGCGCAGCAACUCCGGAAGUCCAAGGAGACGCGGCCUCUUAUUUAAACGCUCCUCGAGGAGCUCCACUGAAGCAUUUUGUGUGGAAUCGUUCGUCUGAAGCAUUCAAAUUCGGGAGUGUGCUGGCAGAGAGAAUCUAAGCAGAAACUGGUUCCCGCGGACGCCUCGCUCACAGUCGGGCGGUCUUGAGGCAGCCUCCACCCGCACUCCUCCCUCCUCCGCCCCCUUCCCUCCGGGCUUUGCAAUCACCAGCGAAAGAAGCGGCUAGAGUGGGAGUUUGGUCAAGGCAAAGCUACAGAAAAAGGAAUAAGCACCUUGACGGCCACACGUUAGAAUUUCCUGUGGAGUGUUUUUUUUUUUUUUUUUUUAAAGAUUGGCACCUGGA